AUGCUUCUUUCAAGAGUACUUACUCUCGGGAAACAUGCACCGUAUGAAAGCUUCCAUACGGAGAUAGUACGGUACACAUUCCACAGAACCAUAAUGGGAUAUGUUCGAAACGCAUUUGGUUUAGAACCGCGAGACUCUCCGGACACACCUCAAAUAUCAAACCGAUUCCAUCCUUGGGAAGAGUCGCCAUGUGCUGAUUUACGUGAUAGAGCAGCACGAAUCAAAACUCUGGCACGAUGUCCAGUAACUGGAAAGAAUAUCAAUUAUACCUGUCCUAUUUCAGGAAUCCCCACACAUCACUCAAGGAAGGCAUGGGAGGAUGACACAGACUAUCACAAAAAUAAAACAUAUGAGAAGUUAAAAAAGGUCAACAUAUACGAACACGACUUGCGAAGCGGCCGAUCGUUUCCAGAGUUUGACUUUCCAGCAGAACAGGGACGGGAUCGCGCCGUCAAUCUCCAAAAUUGGGAUUUGUUCCUAUAUACCAGGCAGUUCUAUUCAAUGGACACAGAAUUCCAUUUGGCCACAGUGACGAAAAUGUUAAGCUAUCCAAUUACCAUAGCCUCUGUUCUCCACGAAUUUUCACCCUAUAAACUACAACCUCGUGGACCCGUUACACUAGAGGGUCUAAAGUCGAUUGCUGCAUUGAGGUACACUUUGUAUCCAAAAUUAGGAAAAACUUCCUUGAGUAAUAACUCUCCAAUGAGGAUAUUCAUAGUGGGAACCCGUGCUGAGAGUCAACUACCAGGACAUGUCUGGAAACAAUUACAGUAUUUAUUUUCGGAGCGAAUUUUUGAGAUCCAUUUCAUUGGACCUGAAUGCCAAUUGAAGGAGCCAAAGAAUACUUCAACACCAUUGAUCAAAAAAGUGGAUGAUACGCUGUCCCUGAUAUACCAUCCACAAUACUUUCACGAACUUCACAAGUCUGGGGAUCUGUUCCCAUACAAUCCUUACAAAGACGUAUUUUUUAUCUUCCAUCCAGGCUUUGCAUACCCCGAUACCCGAAAGCUGUGGUUGGACGAAACCAUUCCAAAUCUUUUGGAGACCAAAUGUGCAAUAUUCCAUACUGGAUUUAACGAGGGUGACAUAACGAACGAUGUCACUCUGAUAGAUAAGUGCUACCGCAAUGAGAUAGAUGUCUUGAUGAAACCAAUAAAAAAUGUAUUUGGUAGCGUUAAAUGGGAACUGAACGACAUAAACCCCCAAGAGGUAUACCAAUUCAACAUGUAUAUAGCAGGUUUCAGAGGCAAAAGAUACCACCCGAUAAAGAUUUGA